GUCUCAAUCUGUAAGUGGUGCCUCCACUGGCUUAUCUUCUAGUCCCCUCAGUAGCCCCAGGGUCACUCCCCACCCCUCCCCUCGGGGAAGCCCCCUCCCCACUCCACUUGGUACUCCUGUGCACAUGCCUAAAGAGAGCCCCAGCAGCACUCCCGGCGAGACGCCCCCAAGCAGUCCUGGUGUGGUCGGCGUGGCAUGGAAAACUCGCUUGAACUCUAUCAAGAACAGUUUCCUUGGUUCCCCACGCUUUCAUCGUCGGAAACUUCAAGUUCCCACACCAGAAGAAAUGUCUAGUCUUACACCAGAAUCAUCCCCAGAGCUUGCCAAGAAAUCCUGGUUUGGAAAUUUUAUCAACUUAGACAAAGAAGAACAAAUUUUUGUGGUCAUCAAAGACAAACCCCUGAGUUCCAUCAAGGCUGAUAUUGUACACGCCUUCCUCUCAAUCCCCAGCCUGAGUCACAGUGUUAUAUCCCAAACAAGCUUCCGGGCCGAAUAUAAAUCAUCGGGUGGCCCCUCUGUCUUCCAAAAACUUGUCAAGUUCCAAGUUGACAUCAGCUACUCUGAGGGGGGAGAGGCACACAAGGACAGUGGGAUCUACUCAGUCACCUUCACCCUCAUCUCAGGUCCCAGCCGUCGGUUUAAGCGGGUUGUGGAAACAAUUCAGGCACAACUACUGAGCACACAUGACCAGCCUUCUGUGCAAGCCCUUGCAGCCAACGAAGCCACCCCUUCAAUCUCUGUCAGCUUUAGUUCCAGCUCGUCUUCCCCUGCAGAUGCAGGUUCUGACGGGGGCAUGACAGUGUCCAUACACUAUUGCUUCACUUCACUUCACUUCACUGGCAUCAUGUUGGGUGUGUUGACUUUUCUGGGCAUUUGCAUGCCUCUGGGACAAUCUGGGAAGAUUCUUGAAGUUUAA